GGACAGGACUGUGACUCACAGUGUUGUCGCGCAAGGACGUUUUGAGUUGCAGUAAUUAACGUGCACGGUAUCACGUGCUUGGCCUGUUGAGUAUAAUUACGAUUUCCGUUAGUUUCAUUUCAGUAGACUACCUAAGUGCGUCAUUGAUAGGGUGAAUUAAAACAUAUAGUUGGUUAGUAGAAGUCCAGCGUCUUCGGUCUCGAGGCAUCAAGAAAAUAUAAACAAGCUCUCAGUGGAAAUGGGUCAACUUUGCACUGCGACACUUUUACAAUUUGGUGCCAUCUGCCUUUUUUUACUUUGGGAUUGUGGUGCUAAUUCUUUAAAAAAUAGAUUUGCAUUGCACACUUCGGGGGAGGAGUGUCCAGAGAAUAAGAUAGUGACAGUGGAGUACCCCUGUGUCACGGCAGGAGGCAAGAGCGGCACCUGUCUCAGGAGGAAAUGCUGCGACGGCUUCAGGUUUGUGAUGGGCCAGUGCAUACCUGAAAGUGUAGAUGUGUGUGCUGGCUCCCCCUGUGAACAGCAGUGCACUGACAACUUUGGGCGAGUUGUCUGCACCUGUUACCCUGGAUACCGCUUUGAUCGUGAGAGGCAUCGCAACCAACAGACCUACUGUUUAGACAUAGAUGAGUGUGUGGAGUCUAACGGUAGUGUGUGUGAUCACGACUGUGAGAACACAGUGGGAAGUUUCCGGUGUCGUUGUCGUAGUGAUUACAUCCUGGCACCGGACCAGCACUCCUGCAUACCCAGCCUCAAAUUGAGUUCCUCAGGAAAGUCGGAUCCCCUGAUGAGUGCAGGCUCCUGCUCCUUGACCUGUCAGGACUUUGUCAACAUGAGGAACAGUCUGCUGCAGCUGAAACAGAGGCUGGGCAUCACUCAGUCAUUUAACCAGCUGCUCUCUCCUGACUUGGUUAACAGCAGUGAAAAGCCCUCAGCUGGGAGGCUUUGGAAAGGCCCCGAAACCGUGGCCUCCCCUGGUCCUCCUGGUCCUCCAGGAUCCCCUGGGUUCCCAGGCCCCACUGGAGAGCCCGGGGAGAAGGGAGAGCCUGGAGAAAGAGGCAUGACUGGUCCCCAGGGGCCACGGGGAGACAUGGGCCCUAUGGGCCCUCAGCCAGACCUGGAACACAUAAAGAGGGGUCGCAGAGGAGCAAUGGGACCACCCGGAGCUCCAGGCAGAAAUGGGAUCAAGGGUGACAGAGGAAGUCCUGGCCCUGCAGGGCCACCGGGUCCACCUGGCUCAUUUGACUUCCUCCUACUUAUGAUGGCCGACAUUCGCAAUGACAUCAUCGAGCUUCAGGAGCAAGUGUUUGGGAAGAGGCAGGGCCUCUCCUUAGACAACCCGCCCCACUCGAGUGGAGAGACCGGGUUCAGGGAGUGGGGGUCUGGACAAGGAGAUCACAUGCUCAACACCUGACCUUCUAAUUGAAUGCAAAAUGGAACAUUCAUAAGGAAGUAAUUAACUGGCUUUUGUAAAGCAGAGAUGUUGAAAUUACUCAACUGACUCCAUUGUCUAAAACCCAAAUAUAGACUGUAUUCAUCCACAGGACUGAGUGGUGAGGAAAACUCUGCCUAUUUCUUUUGUCAGAGGUCUACAGUGUUUAAAUAUAGAGAGAAGGGGAGAGAAAACCACUGACCUUACAAACCAAACCACUCCCAGCCUUGAUGUUUCCUUUAUACCCAGCCCAGGGUGAGGAUGGGUGCAAAACUCUGUGUCCCUGUGGUCUCUCAGUGGGACCCCUUCAAACACUGCAGAGGCUUUGUUAUCUGCAUCUUUCCCUGUUCCUGCCUGAGUCUGUCCUGUCCCAGAAGAUGAGCCUUUGGUUUCUGCUGCCUGACACUCUGCCUGCAGGACCGAAACCCAGGCCCAGGCUCAUCUACAGCUGAAUAUGCAACAACCUUGUUUAUACUGCAGUCAACACACAAUGGACUCUCUGACAAAUCUUUAGAUACAGUAGAAUUGUUAACAGUACAAAUACACUUCAAGAAAAAUCUUUGACUAUUAGGGUUCAUGUUGUUUUAUUUAUAUUGUAGUUGUUGGGAUUUACCUGCUCAUGACAUGUCGGCGAGAGUGAAAUCCAACACAUAGGAAAUACAUUUAAGCAAUAAGGAAAGACGGGUGUGAUAUAUGGCCAGUGUAACAUGGCUUAGUUAUAUUUAACUGCUCUAGAUUGCCUCUGGCUGGCUAGGUACAUUUUACUUCAGUGGCAAGUUAAACAUCUACGUGCAGAGCUGUGGUCAAGUAGCAGUGCUCCAGGCUCCAUGCACAUAUUUGGAUCCCCACCAGUGUCCAGUGUUCAGUACCUGUCUCCCUCUGCUUCCUACUGUCAACAAAGCAUCAUGAAGGGUUAUUCCUGAUCUCUAUGAUGUGUAACUGCAUGAUUUUCAGAUUUCACUGAUGGAUCGCAUCAGACAUGGAAUCAUGGUUAAUAGUGAAUUUACCCAGUAAUACAACACCAAGUGUACAGUUUCAUUAAUUGAUUCUGGGGGUUGAAUUACCUGUUUAACAUUCACUAUCACUACGCCAAGGGAACAAAGAUAUUUACAUAUAAUUCAGAAUGUUGUGACCCCUGGAUUAUUAUUUGAUAUGUUGUGUUGAUCUGGUUUCAGUAUUUCCCUUGAAUUAUUAGUAGAACUAUUUUUGUUUUGUUUAAUAUAAUAUUGUAUGUCUAUUUGCUUUCUUAUGUAUUUUGUUUACAGUGUUUUAUUUAUUCUGCAGCUUAAAAUAAAGCAUUUGAAAUAAAA